UUGUAAGGAAAGCUGCCACGCCGCGGGGCCGGACACGCUGUCCCGGCCACCCCGAGGACAGUCCCCCCGGCAGAGCACACGCCGGCACCCUGAGCUCCCCCAGCUUCGGGCAGGGACCCCCGGGCCCGAGACCUGCCGUCCCUCGGCUUGGUGGCCAACUCGCCAAGUCCCGGCACCUUGUUGAGCCCUCAGCUCCUCGCCGUGUCCCCAGCGAGCCCAAGCCUGGUCCCUCUGUCGUGGCUGAGGCCGGAGCUCUCAUCACACCUCCGGCCGGCAGGAGCGGCACCCGGAGCCACUGCCCGGCUCCUUCGGAUGCAGUUAAGCACAGACACCUUCUGCUGCCGGUAGAGGCUUUCGAGGGAGAGAAAUACCCUUUUCCCACACAAAAGACUUGGUCCCAAGAGGAAAAGGGAGCCCGGGGAGCACUCACCAAUCCAUCAGCCGGCACCCAGUGGCUCUGAGCCCGAGUAGGUGGCGGAGGCUGAAGUCAGCGUUGUCAUGGUGAUCACAGCCAUUUGGGAUAGGGCUCAGUGCCCGGGACCACAGGAUGGGUCCCUGGGCCGGCCCCGAGGGACUGCGGGGGGAGCCACAGCCGAGGCUGGGGGGCGAAGGCUGCUCCGGGGCCAUGCGGGGCUGCUGAACCCUUGGGAAUAUUGCCCGUUAAUACAGGCAGGGUAUUUUUAAACCUUCCCAAAAUAGUCUGGGAUUGUGGAAGUCCCUGCAAGCCCCAGGGAUGGGGAGGAUGAGGAUCACAGGGAUAAUUCCCCUAUGGGAAGCAGAGCCCCUCUGAGGACCCUUUACCCCAGACCCCCUUUGAUCAUAGGUCUAGGGUGCUUAAAAGAAUGGUAUUUUAAGCUGAGUGUCCAUGAGGAUCAAUGACAGUGAUGCAAGUGCAAAACUCUCCCAUUCUCCCCUAAACUCAGAUUUCUGGGGGAACCUGCUUCAGCCAUGACAUUGAGGCAACAGCUUUGCCAUCAUGCACUGCCUGGAAAGUUCCCAGCUGCUGGGAUGAGUGGGUUAAGGAGGGAGCAAAAAAUAGACCUUCAACAGGAUGAGCUGCUCAGGUUAAAUUAUUCAUCAAAACAAAACAUCAGAUGCAAAUUAAUUAUGGGUAGUGAUGGAGAGAUCCAGGAAGGAGCCCCCAAGUGAGCCCUGUUGACAGCCUUCCUUGGCACCCCACAGCGGAGCUGAAAUGGGAUUUCUAGCCAGAAGAAGCUGUGAUUAGCACACAAACAAGUGAUGUGCCACAAACAACACUUUUCCUCACUGUCAACCUCUGUCACUUCAUGGGUUUAUCUCUUCCCACAGCCAAGUAUUUUGGGGACCUGGGCAAGCCCUGGGGCCAGAGGGGAGGUUUUUAGGUGAGAAAAGGUUGCUGCACUUCCUUUUUCUCACCAUGAGAUCCCCAGGUGAAGCACAGGCUGGCUUAUGGCUCCUUGCAGCUGGGAUGGAUGUUGCAGAUGCUGCUGACAUGGGGAGGAUCGCAGUGAAAGGUCUCUCCCUGCCCAUGGCCACACUUGAGGAACAGCCCAGCCCCCUUCCCAUGGCCAAGCUGGGUGGCAAUGAGAUUUGCUGAUGUUGUUUACCUCCUUUGCCUGUAAACUCCACAUUUUAAAGGAAAAAAAAUAGCGUGGCCAUAUGCUCUUCCCAGCCAUGCAAAUGUGUUGCCCUCCCCAGGCUGGUAAAUGUUUCUUAGGGCAUUACAAGGAGGACGCCUGAGAGUGGAGACAGCAAAACCUAGUUUCUCCUGAGUGUCUGGGCAUAGCCCAUGGGAUGAUCCAGGCACCUCUGCCGUGUCCAGUGCUGGCUGGUGACGCUGGAACCCUGCCUGAGUUUGGGUGGGCAGCUGAGCCUGGCGGAUGCCUUUGAAGGGCCCCGAUCACGAGCUCAGCUAUCUUUAGCCCAAGGUAUUUAUAUUACAAGGCCACUGGGCAGUGCAGCAAAGGCAUCAAAGGGUAGAGAAGGCCAGUGGGGGCUGUGCUGGGGCACAGAGGGGCAUCGGGUGCUCCCCCACCCCUGAGAGCUGCUGAGGCCCUGGGUGAGGAUGACCCCAGAGGAGGAAGGUUCCCAGGCAGGGCCCCCGGAGCGGGUGCGUAUCCGGGUGGAGGAGCAGUCAUUCUCAGUGGAGAAGACCUUGCUGGUGGAGAGCAGUGAGUACUUCCGUGCCCUCUUCCGCUCGGGCAUGAGGGAGAGCACACAGGAGGAGAUCGGGCUGGGGGAGCUGAGUGCAGCUGGGUUCCUUGCCAUGCUGCGGGUGCUGGCAGGCGAGAGGCCCAUCCUUGGCAGCGAGGAGACCUUCCAGGCAGUGGAAUGUGCUGCCUUCCUGCAGGUGAAGUCCUUAGCCAAGUACUUGAUCCACUCCAUCAACUCUGACAACUGCAUCCUGCUGUACCAAGCUGCUGCCAUAUUUGGCCUCCUGGAUCUCUUCCACUGCGCUGCACUCUACAUCAGGGACAGCUAUGCUGAGCUGGAGGAGUACCUGGACUGCCUCUCUGAUGACCUACUGGCCUAUGUGGAAGCUCUCCUACCCAGCACCUUUGUGGCAGUGGGAGCCCACACACCCACCUUUGAGUUCUUGGAGGACCUCUCCAGGACCAUCUGCUACCUGGACGAGGAGACCAACACAUGGAGGACCCUCUCCUGCCUUCCGCUGAGUGCCAGCACAUUCCUAGCCGGCAUGGCAACCAUGGAUAAUAAGAUCUACAUCGUGGGUGGUGUCUACGGAGCCAACAAGCAGGUGGUAGAGAGCAGUUUCUGCUACGAUGCUGAUGCCAACGCCUGGAGUGAGUUCCCCAGCCCUCACCAGCUGCGCUAUGAUGUCAGGCUGGUGGGCCACGAGGGCUACCUCUACGCCAUCGGCGGUGAGUACGAGAAGAUCUCGCUCAAGUCCGUGGAGAGGUAUGACCUGGCCUCCAGCACCUGGACAUUCGUCUCUGACCUGCCGCAACCAAGCACGGCAGCACCCUGUGCCCAAGCCUUGGGGCAGAUCUUCGUUUGCUUGUGGCAGCCACUGGACACCACUGUCAUCUACGAGUACGAGACCCAGCAAGACGCGUGGCUUCCCAUCACAGAGCUCAAGCGGCACCAGAGCUAUGGGCACUGCAUGGUGGCCCACCGUGACAACCUCUACGUCAUGUGCAAUGGCCCCUACGACGACUUCUUGCGUUGUGUCAUCGACUGCUUCAACCUGACAUCUCGGCAGUGGAGCGCCCUGCCCGGGCAGUUCAUGAACAGCAAGGGAGCUCUCUUCACCGCUGUUGUCAGGGGUGACACCAUCUACACCGUCAACAAGAUGCUGACGCUCCUCUACUCUGUGGAAGAGGAGACCUGGAAGCAGAAGAAGGAGCGGGCAGGUUUCCCACGCAGUGGCUCCCUGCAGACCUUCCUCCUGCGGCUGCCAAGACGUGACCAUGACAUCGCGACGUAGCUGGUCCCCCAUCCCAUGUCAGGGUGCUCUCCUUGCACAUGGCCUUAGCUCUGCAUUCACUGCUCCCCUGGGCUCCUCUCUUCCUCCACAGAGCUGUGCUCAGGUCCAGGGAUGCAUCAUGUUGGACCUUUGAAGUGACAGUAGACCCUGCCAGAGGGAAAGGGCAGCUGCUGUCUGCCUCUUCCUGCCCUGCAUGGGCACAAAGUCCUGUCAGCCAUGAGCUCACAAGCCAGAUGUGUGCAGGACAUUGUGGCUUCUGCAGAGGACAGAUACCACAGAGAAGCAAACACGGGAUUUAUUUAUUCUGACUGCACUAUGAGGGUGUGCAGCAUUCCACCUCCUCUCUUCCUUGAUGGGAAAUUGUUCAUUACAUGCCAGAAUUAAAAGGAAAGCUAUAGAAAAGCUA